AUGCCUAAAUGCUUGAAGCUUCGUCACCGAGCUGACGGAGAUGGCGAGAGCGACUCAACUCCGCUUAAUUUAAAGGGUCAUUGCCGUUCGAAUUCCACCGACUCUCAUCCUGCUGCUUUAAUCGAAUCUCUAAUGCCUAUUCCGGACACAGUAUCCAAUCCAGGUCUAAUUCAUCCUAACAAUAGUGGACCAGCUCCACCACCGCCUCCGCCGCCACCGCCGCCUCCGCCACCGCCGCCCAAUGAUUCACAAGAAUACAGCACCACACCCGUUUGGAUAGAGCGUCUGAGGGCCAAAAAGCGUUCAACAAACAAUAUUGUAAGCAAAAUAGCCCCCUUCAUUUUGCUACUUCCUUAG